AUGUAUGAAGACAUUUUAAAUAAUAUUAAAGAAUUAAAUGGAUUUAAAUUGCUAUGUAAAAAGAAGGUGGACUUUCUUAGUUUUUUGCGUGCCUGUAAAAGCAAAGAUCUUGAGCAAUUAUGGAUAUGCCUCCACAAAAUACUGGAAGAACAUAUUCGCCCUGAAAAUUUAAUUUAUGAUGAGGAGAACUCGACAUUACUGUUUCGGGACGAAAAUAAUAGACAGUACCUAUUAACAUGCAUAAAUUUUGUUUCGAUAUACUUACAACAUUUAGUAAAUAGCCAAAAAAAGAAGAAACAUAUAAUUCUCGAUGAAAAUUUCCAAGUCGUUUUUUAUAAACUCACCGAAAUCCAAUUUAUGCUAAGUGACAAAGAAGUUAGGAUAUAUUUUGGCAAAUGUUUGCUAACUAUAUGUGAUAUAAAUUUAAAGGAAAAUGAAUAUACGGGAAAUGUAAAAAUAAACCUGUUGCUAUUUUUAUUGUGGAAAAGCUGUUCUACCGAGGGAAAGGCUGCUGACAUCGGCAAAUUAAAAAAAUAUAAGGAUUUUUGCAAAUACAUAAAAUGGGGUAUAUCAGAAAGAACAACUGACUCGUUUUAUCUUUUGUGCUCCUAUACCUUAAAUCUUCCCAAAUUUUACGAUAACCCCGAUGGAAAGACCUUUUUGUCUUAUGUUUGGUCUCAAAAUGAAAGCAUAGCGUUUCACCUUUUUAAGAAAUUUGUACACAACUUGGUGCUUUUAUCGUAUGAUAAUAUCAGCCACUAUUCUCAAAUUAUUCUUUUAACAUGGAAAAAUUGUUCUGGUGAUAUGAUUAGGACCCUAGAAACCCAAAUCGAGUACCUCGUUCACUUUGCCCUAAAGUGUCCUAUUAAAAUUGCGGCACGUUUUAGAAGCUUGCUUAAUAUAUUUCAUACGAAUAAGGGAGACAAGAGCAUCAAUAACUUAAUCUUCAAAAUUUACGACCCUGUUAUAUGGAGAAAUUUAAUGUCCCCCAAUUGGAAAAUUCGAUUUAAUGCGACAUGUAUUUUCCAGUUUAUUUUUCCUGUUGUGGACCCGUGCAUAAAGAGCAUAGACUACCUACAGGAAAUGGAAAAAGCUUACAACGCCUUGUUUGAGUUAUCGGAAGAUGGAAAUUCGUGUGUUCUGCAGGCUGCAGCCAAGUGCAUAUGCUACGUGCUAAACGAGUUGUGGGAAAUAAUUAGCGACGAAAAAAGAAUGUCCUUAUUAGAAACAUUAAUGAACAAGUUUUUGAAAGAAAAAUAUUAUGAUAAUGUAAGGAAUGAAGUUGUUCUAGGAUUAUGUGACCUAGCGAAAAAUAAAAGGAUAAAUAAAAUUUUUCUUCAAAUAUUUAAGAGAAUUAAAUAUUUAUUGAAUGAUAAGAGUCUACGUGUAAGGAAAAAUUUUGUAAUUCUUGUAUUAGAGUUGAAUAAAAAUUUAAAUCAGGAUUUUUUUGAACAACUAGAUCAUAAUGAAUUUACUAAAAGAAUAACAAAAGAUUUUUUUACAUUCAGUGUUCAGUCGUGUAUAAAAAAAUUAUCGUAUAUGAAACAACAAUAUCAUGAAAAAAUAAAAAAUAAAGAAAUAUGUGAAUUUUUAAAAUUAUCGACAAAUUUGAUGACUUAUUCUAUAUGGAAAUGUGAUAUAAAGGAACAAGCGAAAAAGUGCAUUAACCUGAUAAGUGAAUACCCUGUUUUGAUGAUUUGUAUAAGUAAAUUUUCGACAAAUUUAAAAAUAAUAGAUAGGUAUAAACUGUCAUCUGUGCUGUUUGAAAUAACGAACAUCAAACUGAGGGAUGAGGACAAUUCAAUUUUGUUGAGCGAGAAUAGUUGGGAGGAGGGGAAGGCACACACCUUAGUGAAUGGUACAAAGGAUAAAGGAAUUAGAAAAGGAAAUGGAAAAGACAAAGGAGAAGACAAGGCUAGAGAAAAAGGAAAAGAUCAAAGCACAGACAAAGACAGAAACAAAAACAAGAACGAAAACAAAGACAAAGAAACAAAUAAUGCACUCCUAACUGAUUCUAAUUUAAAUAAGAAUUAUAUUAGAUACUCUUCCUUAUUAGUAUGUAUAGCUAAUUUUUUGAAACCGAAAAAUGAGGAGGAGAUAGAUUUUUGUGGCACUGAAGAAAUUCAAGAAUUUCUAAAAGUAAAAUUUGCAGAAAAAUAUUUUCUGGACAGUAUAAAUACUUUAAUGCAACCAUAUUAUUUUAAACUUUUAAAAUAUAUAAAUUUAAAUCACGAUAAUUAUAUUGUAAUACAUAAGUAUGCUCGUAAGCAAUUAAACAGUUUGCACACUCUUACAAAUGAGCAUGUGUGUGAAAAAUAUAUUAUACCUUUGUUUUACAAGUGGGGGCUACUUAACUCACUUGUUCAUAAGCAUAUGCACUUUUUAAAUGUGUCAGUUAGGUUUAUCUCCACUCACACCUUUGGGGGGAGCAUCGAAAAUAACAGUAACAAUUCAAAUGAUAAAACGGAAAAUUCUAUAAGAAAAAAUGCUUUUUCCCUAAAAAUAGAUGAUACCGAUGCGCUCGUAGAUGUAUCAAGUUUUCUAAGCAGUAGUUCAGUAUAUGACACAGAAGAUGACAUACAACAUACUGAGCAGAUUAAUGAGAAGGAGAAAUAUUCAGAUGGAAAUAAAGGAAAUAAAGGAAAUAAUAAAAAGGUGUAUAAUAAUGAUGAACCUCAUGGUAGUGGUAAUGGUAAAGGAAACAGAGGAAGUAAUAGUAAAAUGGCUAGUAGCGCAAACGAUGGAAUAGACUACACAAAAAAUGACAUUAUAGAUAGGAGCAAAAAAAUUAAAGAUAUGUACCUAAAUAAUGAGAAAGAGCUUAAUGCUUUGAUUUUUUUAUCUCUUAUUGUUAAGAAAAAAAAAUAUCAUUAUUUAAUAUUUAAAUCAUAUGCUGAUAUAACGUACAACUUUAUUUAUAAAUUUAAUUCUUUUCUUUUACAUGUUUUCCAAAGGCUUUCACUAAAUGAUUUUACAUUACCCUCUUAUUUUAUGUCAACAUAUUAUGAAAAAAAUAAGGAUUCUAAUUAUAUACAGCUAAUUUUAUGUGAUGAAGUAAGAAUAAAAGGGUAUAUGCAGUUAUAUAUUUCUUUUUUUUUCCUCUUCAAUUCUUUUGCUAUACAAAACAAUUACUCUUAUGAAUGGGACACACUAAUAGAAAACACUUUACAGUCUAUUCAUUUAAUAACUUCUAUAAAAUUUAAAAAUGAAAUUCAAAUUAUAACAAGAAAUAUUCAACCAACACGAAGCAACAACAAUAACGAUGAGCAAGUCCAGGAGCAACGAAAGGAAUGCGCAUCCUACAUAAGAAACAUCAUUCAUUUUAUACUGUAUUUUCUUGACAUGAUUGAAUACACCGUUGCUAUGAAGAAGCUGUUUAUUGAAGACAUCGAUUUUAACGAUUUUGUAAAAAACUUAUUUUUAUUUUGUAAGUGCUAUGAAAUUGCAAAUGAAAAUGUGAAGGAGAUUAAAAUGGGGCAUGUGGAAGAAAAAGAGAAGAACGAGAAAGCACCAGUAGAAUUAUAUUUCAAAAUAUGGCAAAGAAUAAGUUCAUUCCUUUUGUUCAUAUUAAAUUUUGAUUAUUUUGAAAAAAAAACUGAAAUCAAGUUGAUGAUUAUUAAUACGUUUUUUUUGUUUACAUAUGAGAACGUUCCUAAGAAGAAAAUUGAAACGGUCGUAAAGAAAUAUUCAACUAUAAUUAAAGAAAAGGAGUUAUUUUACAAUUUUUUAAAAAAUUUUAAAAAUAAUAAUGAUGCAAUAAACUAUAUGUAUGAAAGUCAAAUAAAACAUAUACAAGACGUUCUAGAUGGUGCACUAUUGCACAAGGGUGCAGCAAAGAAGUAA